AUGUUGGCAAGGUCAUCUUUGCGCCCGGCGCGCCUCCUCAAUGGGCUUCGAAAUGGCGCCGUCAACGUCUCCAAGCGUGCUGCCUCGACGAGCUCGGAAGCUCCCACCGCGCGCAUGAACCUCGCCGCUAUUGCUUCCACCACCCUCGCCGCCGGCUCCAUGGCCUGGUACUACCAUCUCUACGGACCCGUCGCUUUUGCUUCGUCCCCUGCUGAGGAGGGUCUCCACGCUACUCAGUACCCUUGGGUUCACCAGCAGUUCUUCAAGACUUUUGACCACCAGGCUCUCCGACGUGGUUUCCAGGUCUACCGUGAGGUCUGCGCCAGCUGCCACUCCCUCUCCCGAGUCCCCUACCGAACUCUCGUCGGUACCGUCCUGACUGUCGACGAGGCCAAGGCCCUGGCUGAGGAGAACGAAUACCCCGAUGAGCCCGAUGAGCAGGGUGAGAUCCCCAUGCGACCCGGAAAGCUGGCCGACUACAUUCCUCCUCCUUACAAGAACGACGAGGCUGCUCGAUUUGCCAACAACGGUGCUCUUCCCCCGGAUCUGAGCUUGAUCGUCAAGGCCCGCCACGGUGGCUGCGACUACAUCUUCAGCUUGUUGACUGGUUACCCUGAGGAGCCCCCGGCUGGUGUCCAGGUCGCCCCCGGCAUGAACUUCAACCCCUACUUCCCUGGCACUGGUAUUGGUAUGGCUCGUGUUCUGUACGACGGCCUCGUCGAGUACGAGGAUGGCACUCCCGCCAGCACCUCCCAGAUGGCCAAGGACGUUGUCGAGUUCCUCAACUGGGCCGCCGAGCCCGAGAUGGACGACCGCAAGAAGAUGGGCAUGAAGGUCUUGGUUGCCACCACCGCUCUGUGGGCCAUCAGCGUCUACGUAAAGCGAUACAAGUGGGCUUGGCUCAAGUCCAGGAAGAUUACCUACGACCCCCCUGCGGAGACCAAGGUCCGCCGAUAA